AUGGCGCGGGUCUCAGAAAAGACCCUCCGCCUAAUCCAGUCCUCAGCCCAGGUCGCCAGCGUGUUCACCGUAAACAGCACCGCCGUACGCCUGACAACCGCAAAACUCCAAUUGGCACUGACACGGCGUUUCUUCCGCUUCUUCGGCUUCAUCGAGUCCUUCCAGCGCGUUGCGGCUCUACUAAACAGAGAUGCCAUGGGAUCGAUAUCCGGAUGGCUGGACAUGGCCAAAUGGACCUGUUUCGGUUUCUACUUUGUUCUAGAAGAUUUGACUAUUCUCCACGCAAUGGGCGUCUACGCUGUCCCCUGGGAAGAGCGCAUCAUGCGCGAAGCAAACACAUACUGGUUCUAUGCCCUUUGCUUCUCACUACUAGGAACAAUCUACGCGCUCCUGUUCUCCGGCGAAAGUCAGGCCAAGGGGAAGGGGAAGAGGGGUGGGCGGAAGAGCGAGAAGGCUGUUGCUCCUAAACUUGACUCGUCGGCGCUUUGGACGGCUUUGGUUAUUGAUGGGUGUGAUUUGUUGAUUCCGGCUGAGCUUUUGGAUUGGAUGCCGACGGGGGAUUUGGUUAUUGGGUCUACUAUGGUUCUCAGUACGCUUUUGGCGGCUAGGGGGAUCUGGAAGAGGGUGUCAGUUUGA